UCUGUUCUUACGUGUAAAACCAGAACUGACUCCUUGAGGAGUAGCCAAUGUACUAAGAAGGAGCCGUCGGCUGCUAGCUGGAUGGUGAGAACACAGGACGGGCUGUUUCGAUUGUGUAUUUUCUACAGUUAGUUCAAGAGAGAAUUAACUACUAAAGUUAUGGAGCAACAGCAGGUUGCAUUGGGUAAUCAAGAUGGUGGGACUGUAUCAGGAGCAACACCUGCCUUUUUUGUCAUCUUGAAACAGCAGCAAGGAAAUAGUAAAACUGAUCAAGGCAUUUUAGUAGCAAAUCGGGAUGCCUGCGCUUUAGCCAGCAGUGUGUCAUCACCAGUAAAAACUAAAGUCAAGACAUGCCUUCCAGCUGAUUGUACCUCAGGGGGCAUCACUGUCACCCUGGAUAACAAUAGCAUGUGGAAUGAGUUCUAUCAUCGAAGCACAGAAAUGAUUCUGACUAAGCAGGGAAGACGCAUGUUUCCUUACUGUCGUUACUGGAUAACUGGCUUGAAUUCAAAUUUAAAGUACAUCCUGGUAAUGGACAUCUCUCCUGUGGAUAACCACCGCUAUAAAUGGAAUGGCCGCUGGUGGGAGCCCAGUGGCAAGGCAGAGCCUCAUGUCCUGGGAAGGGUGUUCAUUCAUCCAGAAUCUCCUUCUACAGGACAUUACUGGAUGCAUCAACCAGUGUCUUUUUAUAAACUGAAACUUACCAACAAUACAUUGGAUCAGGAAGGGCAUAUUAUCUUACACUCUAUGCAUCGUUAUCUGCCACGGCUUCACCUGGUACCUGCAGAAAAAGCUACAGAAAUCAUACAGCUAAAUGGCCCUGAUGUCCAUACCUUCACCUUCCCACAGACUGAGUUCUUUGCAGUGACAGCUUAUCAGAACAUUCAAAUUACCCAGUUAAAAAUAGAUUACAACCCAUUCGCCAAAGGAUUUCGGGAUGAUGGAUUGAACAGCAAACCUCAACGAGAUGUGAGACAAAAGAACAAUUCAGACCAGGAGGGGAGUAGUGUUCCCAGUUCUCCUGGUUAUAGGAGCCAUCUUACUGAAAGUGAUGGAUCAGAGAUACAACAGAGUAUCCAAGAUACUGAAUUGAGUGGCCAUGAACCAUCAGAGGUGGACUUGGAGAAAGCAUCCUUUAAUGCAGAACGAGAUUUUCUUGGUUUUCUAGAUUCUGGUUUGACUCCUGAUGAGAUUCCACAACUAAAGCAGGAAGCUUCUGAAAGUCCUAUUGCCAGUAGCUUUGAAGACAACUCUCAUGUAGCAUCACCAUUAGACCCAAAUGAAAACUUUAAUGUGGUUAUUAAAGAAGAACCCCUAGAUGAAUAUGACUAUGAACUUGGUAUGUGCCCUGAGGGAGUUACAGUAAAGCAAGAAGACACUGAUGAAGAAACUGAUGUGUAUUCAAACAGUGAUGAUGAACCCAUACUGGAGAAACAACUAAGGCGUCAUGAAGAAAUAGAUGACUCAGAUGUUGACUAUUCUGCCAAACGGCCACUCAGUAGCCCAUCAGGUGUUGCUAAAGCCAAAAUGUUAAAACUGGAUAGUGGCAAGAUGCCAGUGGUCUAUCUAGAACCUUGUGCUGUAACUAAAAGCACAGUAAAGAUCUCUGAGCUACCUGAAAAUAUGUUUUCUCAAAGUCGGAAAGAGAGGUCUCCUGUAUUGACUGAAUUAGACUAUAUGCCUGCAUAUUUGGAGAAUUCCAGGAAAUCUAGCUUCUGCUUAUCCAGGGAAGUAGAGAAAGAACUUAGGAAACAGCCACCAGAGCUCAGAGCACCACAGAAAUACUCCUGUCUUAAAGAUCCUGAUUGGAAAUAUCCUGAUUUGAGUGAAAACAUUAGCACGUCAAAAAUACUUAGCACUAAUCCUAAAAGCUUAGAUGGAGAUUUUUUUUCAGAAAAAGAUGACUUGGGCAGAAAGAGAACAACUGUGUUAAAAAUUGCAGGGGCUACAAAAGCCUCCACUGCUACUCAGAAUGUCACUCCAAGUGUUCCAGGAAAGAGAGGAAGGCCCAGAAAAUUUAAACUCUCCAAGGCAGGGAGGCCACCUAAAAGUACAGGAAAAUCUAUAACAGCCAACAAAACUACCCCUGUGGCACCUGGGAAUGCCUUUCCAGAUGUGAAACCAGAUCUUGAAGAUGUAGAUGGUGUCCUUUUUGUUUCCUUUGCAUCAAAGGAAGCUCUGGACAUUCACACAGUUGAUAGAGCAGUUGAAGAACCCACCGGUCUUCAGGAGUCUGCCACCAGUGAUCCAGGUUGCAGAGCAAGGAUUUGCCAGCUGGAACAGGAGUUGUUAGAAGAUUUGAAGUCCUUGAGGCAUAAACAAGUGAUCCAUCCUGGUCUUCAAGAAGUGGGUUUGAAACUGAACUCAGUGGACCCAACAAUGAGUAUUGACCUUAAAUACUUGGGGGUACAGCUGCCUCUGGCUCCUGCUACUAGCUUUCCUCUCUGGAACCUUGGAGGAACCAAUCCUAGCUCUCCUGAUGCUGGAUUUCCUUUUGUUUCCAGAACAGGGAAGACCAAUGACUUCACUAAGAUCAAAGGUUGGAGAGGAAAGCUUCAUAGUGCUUCUUCUUCUAAGAAUGAAGGUGGCAGUUCAGAGAGUUCCCUGAAGAAUCGCUCUGCUUUUUGUAGUGACAAACUUGAUGAAUAUUUAGAAAAUGAAGGCAAACUAAUGGAAACUAGCAUGGGUUUUUCAUCAAAUGCUCCCACGUCACCUGUAGUAUAUCAACUACCAACCAAGAGUACUAGCUAUGUAAGAACAUUAGAUAGUGUCCUAAAGAAGCAAUGUACUGUUACCCCAUCCACAUCUUACUCUCUGAAGCCUCAUCCUGUACCUUCUGUACCUCGUAAGACCAAGUCUCUCACUAAACAAACAGUUUCCAGUGGCCGAACGAAAUCGUCUUAUAAACCCAUUUUGCCAUCUCCUGUUUCACCAAAGCAAAAAUCAUCUCAUUUAGCUCCAGGAGAUAAGACCACCAAGACUUCCCCAAAUAGCAUGUUGGAAAGUCAAGGGGAAAACUUCAUUGUACCAACUUUGGAUGAAAAUGUGUUGCCAAAGCAGAUCAAUCUUAGGCAGGCACAUCACCAACAGCACCCAGCAACGCGUCCUCCAGGAUUGUCUAAAUCUCAGGUGAAGCUGAUGGACUUGGAAGAUUGUGCUCUGUGGGAAGGGAAACCACGGACCUACAUAACUGAGGAGAGGGCAGAUGUAUCUUUAACAACUCUGCUUACGGCUCAAGCAUCUCUCAAAACUAAACCCAUCCACAAAAUCAUCAAGAAACGAGCUCCCCCGUGUAACAAUGACUUUUGCCGACUGGGCUGCAUAUGUGCUAGUCUAGCCUUGGAGAAACGCCAACCUGCUCACUGUCGCCGGCCUGACUGUAUGUUUGGCUGCACCUGUUUGAAAAGAAAAGUUGUGCUCGUUAAAGGAAGAUCCAAGAAAAAGCGUUUCCUGAGGAAGGCUGCUCGAAGAGACUCAAUAUUUUCUGGCAACCUUGGGGAUCAGAAAAAGGAAGGAGGAAAAGAAGUGGCCAGAGAGGAAGAUCGAUUGAAAGAAAAAAAGAAGAGAAAGAAGGUGGAAUAUACUAUCUGUGAUACAGAACCAGAACAGCCCAUUCGUCAUUAUCCAUUAUGGGUGAAAGUAGAAGGCGAGGUAGAUCCGGAGCCAGUUUAUAUUCCAACACCUUCUAUUGUUGAGCCAGUGAAACCAACAGUUCUGCCCCACCCAGAGAUUUUGCCUACCAGCAGCAAGAACAAACUUACCAAUGGAGUUAAACCAGUGCGUGUGUAUACUCCCAAACCCAACCCUGUGAUUCGAGAAGAAGACAAAGAUCCUGUAUACUUGUACUUUGAGAGCAUGAUGACUUGUGCUAGAGUUCGAGUAUACGAACGGAAACUAGAAGAAGGAGAGCAACCAUCACCAUUAAGGCAACAGAGCUCAUGUCAACCUAGUACUAAGAGCUAUAGUACAAAGGAACAUGAUUCUGAACAUCAACCCAUGAAGCAGAAUACUUAUGAAAUGGAGAAGGAUAUUGAUAAAUCAGGAGAAAAAAGCUGGAGGUCCUCCUGCAAUGAAGGGGAAUCAUCUUCUACCUCCUACAUGCAUCAGACUUCCCCUGGUGGGCCCACCAAACUGAUAGAGAUCAUCUCAGACUGCAAUUGGGAGGAAGAUCGAAACAAGAUCUUAAGCAUUCUGUCCCAGCACAUCAAUAGCAACAUGCCACCACAAUCCCUAAAGGUGGGCAGCUUCAUCAUUGAGUUGGCUUCUCAGAGAAAGAGUCGGGGUGAAAAGAACCCUCCCAUUUAUUCUUCUCGGGUGAAAAUAUCUAUGCCAUCAUGCCAAGAUCAGGAUGAUACAGCUGAAAACUCUGACUCAGAGACUCCUGAUGGUUCACCAUCACACAGAAAAGUGGAUGAUGCCACCUUUGAACAGGCAAAUGCCCUAGAAGCAUUGAGGGAAAAAUUGCAUGGAGGCAAAGCUCUGCCGUUCUAUGCUGGACUUUCUCCUGCAGGGAAGCUAGUGGCCUAUAAGCAAAAACCCAGUUCAAGGACAUCAGGACCAAUAGAGGUUAAUGGUAAAAGUUACCCGCAGGCUAAGUUGCUAUUGGGACAGAUGGGGGCAUUGCAUCCAGCCAAUAGGCUAGCUGCAUAUAUCACAGGCAGGUUGCGACCCUCAGUCCUGGACCUCUCAACCCUCAGUACUGUCAUCUCCAAGGUAGCAUCCAAUGCCAAGGUGGCUGCAUCCAGGAUACCACGCACCCAGUUGCCUUCGCCAUCCACCUCCCAAACGAUGUCAUCCAGCACUACAACCACCUCCACGAUGACAACUCUGAAGGCGUUCGUCCCAGCACAGAGGCCAAUUGCAGUUCGACCCUCUCCUGGUGGUGUGUUCACACAGUUUGUGAUGAGUAAAGUUGGAGCCCUGCAACAGAAGAUACCUGGCGUUAGCACACCCCAACCCCUAACAGGGCCACAGAAGUUCAGUAUCAGGCCUUCUCCAGUAAUGGUCGUCACACCUGUGGUUUCUUCCAAGCCAUCUCAGGUGUGCAACCUUGUGAUGGAACCAGUCACUACCACCACCCCUCAAGUAUCUUUAGAAAGUAUUACUACUGUGACAUCUCCUGUGACUGCUGUUUCCAGCCUGGGAACUAAAGAAACUACUCAUUCUCCUUCUGGCACCACUUCUGCAGGGACUGUUGAGAUGUCUGAAACUAGCGUCAGCACCCCUAUUACACCCACACUGCCUUCAACCACUGUGAACGUUACCAAAGCUACUGGGAUAGCUGCCCCUAUAACUACCAUUGCUUUACCUAAAUCUGUAGUAUCUUCACCAACCAUCACUCUUCCUGUUGCUUCCACUGCCUCCACCUCUGUAGUCAUAGUGACCACAGCUGCAUCUUCCUCCAUGGUGACCACACCAACCUCAUCUCUUGGCUCUGUUCCUAUUAUACUGUCGGGAAUUAAUGCGAGUCCACCAGUGAGCCAGAGACCAGAAAAUGCUCCUCAGAUUCCAGUGGCUACCUCUCCAGUCUCUCCUAGCCCAGAAAAGCGUGCUGGACCUCGACUACUCUUGAUCCCUGUGCAGCAAGGCUCUCCUGGUCUUCGACCCCUCCAAAAUAUGCAACUUGUUCAGGGUCAGAGGAUGCUACUGCAACCUGUCAGGAGCCCUGGUGGAAUGAACCUGUUCAGACACCCCAAUGGUCAGAUUGUCCAGCUUGUUCCUUUGCAGCAGGUGCGGGGCUCUAGUACGCAGCCCAACUUACAGCCUGUUAUGCUUCGGAACCCAGGCUCUGCAGUUGGAAUCCGCUUACCUGCACCUUCCAAACCUCCUGAAACACCACCUUCUUCUGCUUCUCCCUCAACUUUCUCAACUAUGAGUCCCGUGAUUCAGACUGUUGGCUCUUCUCCACCUAUGAAUUUAAUUACUCAGGCAUCAUCUGUGCUUUCCACUGUGCCUAGCUUUGUGUCUCAAGCUGGUACCUUGACCUUGAGAAUAUCCCCUCCUGGAGCAGGCAGCUUUGCAAGUCAAGCGGGCUCAGAAUCCAAAAUAACUUACAGCUCAGGUGGGCAGCCAGUUGGUACAGCUAGUCUCAUUCCUCUCCAGUCUGGUAGUUUCGCUUUGCUGCAGCUCCCAGGACAGAAGCCGGUUCCCAACUCAAUUAUUCAGCAUGUUGCUUCACUGCAGAUGAAGAGAGAGUCUCAAAAUCAGGAUCAGAAAGAUGAAACAACUUCUUUGAAGCAGGAGAGUCAUAAAAAGGCUUUACGUUCAGAAGAGGGAGAUGUCACAGAGCCAGAGAAUAAUUUAGGAUUGGAAGCAGAAUUACCUGGUAGGACUGAGGCACCUUUGACUGAUGCAGUAAAGCAAGACCAAGCUACUACUGCUUCUGAAGUAGCCCAGAAAGAUCUCCAAGAAGGUGGGGGUGGUCCUUCCAAUAAAGACCCCCUUUUACAAGAGGAUAUUCCUGCUGAUGUCAUAUCCUCAGACCACUCCUACAUCAGUGGAUCACGGGCAAGUGAAAGCAAUAAAGAGGCUAAUGAAGAGAAAGGGAAUUGUAAUCUCAGCUGUUCAGAAGAAAAAGUGAAUGAGGUUCCAGAAGAUAAAUGUAUCCCCCAAGAAGUCAAAAAUAAAGCAGUUCAAACAAUGAAUAAUAUACAGCUGAAAAGCCCUAAUGUUCAGGGAGAGAUUUCUCAGCUGAAAAGUGUAAAUGAGGAGCAGAGAGGUAUAAAGAACCCAGAGGAGAAUCUGAUGAACAGUGAACUUUCAACUAGCUCUAAGGAAGAAAAAUUAUCCAGGAGCAAAGUAAUACAGGAAGAGGUGACAGCACAGCCUGAAGCAAAAGAGAAGGAUUGUGGGACUUCCAUAGAGAAAAAAAGUACUGCAAGAGAAAAUCAGGAAAACCACCUGAAAGAGAAUUUGAUCCAGAAGUGCGAUGAUGUUUCAAGAGAACAUGUGCAAACUGGAGAUGAGCAUUUGAAUGAAGGAACUGAGGCAAGUCAGGAAAACCCUAAUGUUCUUGAUCAAAAGCAAGGCUCUUCUGGCUUAUUGGAGGAAAGUGAAAUUAUUAAGAGCGCCAGAAAUUUUGAUGUUGAAUCUGAUACUUGGAACAAGAUUCCUAAUUCUUCAGCCUUUCCCAUUGUUCCUCAGGUGGUUGACAGAGCCCGAAAAGAGGAUAAAGUUGUUCAAGGUCAUUUGCUCCUACCAGGAGAGCAAAUACAACAACAUCUAAAGCAAAGGAAGAAGGGUGGGAGAACCGUUGUUGACCUCCCUCUUUCAGAUGUGGAAGAAGAAGAGGAAGAGGAGGAGGAGGAGGAGAAAACUGAUGAUUCUGCUGAUGAUAUGGUUGAUGGCAUCUCUGACUACCAGAGCGAAGAAGUCGAAGAAGUAGAAAAGAGUAACUCUAUGGACUACACUGAAGAAGAAGAGCAAGUAGACAUUGAAACUGUUGAGGAGUUUUCAGAGAAAAUUAAUAUUGCUCGCUUGAAGGCCACAGCUGCUCAUAUACGUUCUCCUAAGCAAUCGUGCCAUAGCCAUGUUUCUUCAGAAGAGAAGGCACCUGAGAAGAGUCGAAAGGAAACACCAAUUCCUGUAAAACUGAAACCUGAAUUCUGGAGUGAAAAACUACAAAAAGAAGCAGAAGCUUUUGCUUAUUAUCGCCGAACACACACUGCCAAUGAACGACGUCGGCGUGGUGAAAUGCGGGAGCUCUUUGAGAAAUUGAAGACAACAUUGGGUUUGCUUCAUUCUUCUAAGGUCUCCAAAAGCCUCAUUCUCACAAGGGCCUUUGGAGAGAUCCAGGGACUAACGGACCAGGCAGACAAGUUGAUAGGACAGAAAAACCUCCUAACUCGAAAACGGAAUAAUCUGAUCCGCAAAGUGUCUUCUCUUUCAGGUAAGACAGAAGAAGUUGUCCUGAAGAAGCUGGAAUACAUUUAUGCCAAACAGCAAGCAUUAGAAGCACAAAAGAAAAAGAAGAAGAUGGACCAGGAUGAGCCUACUGUGCCCCCUCGAGUAGUCAAACAGCAAGAAGGAGCUUGCACAUCCUCUAUAGAGUUAGGGCAGGUGGUCAUGACCAGCAGACGGGGAAAGCCAUUGAUACUCGCCAGGAAAAGAGCACCAUCCACAGAAAAGAUCUCACCUUCUCACACAAUACAUAAUACUGCAAGUCUCGUGAUGACUCCACAAGGGCAAGUGCUCACCUUGAAGGGACCCUUAGUCUCAGGACCAAUGGUAACUGUUUCUCCUGCUCUAUUACAAAGUGAACUGAAGCCUCAAGUUACCAACAGUGCUGUAGUUCAGCAAGAAAGUGAUGACUUGUUUAUGAUGCCCAGGAUUGUUAAUGUGACCUCACUGGCCCCAGAUGGAGGCCUCAGCUUAGAUGUGGGUGCCAGUAAGCAUUCUCAUGAAGCUUCUCAUGCCAAGCCACCUGACCAGAUAGUAAAAGAAACCAUCAGAAAUGAGAAUACAUCCCUUGAAGACCUGACAAGAAUCUCUUCUGGAAACAAUCAUGGAGAUGGGAGGAUAGUGCCAAGGCCAGCACAGGAUUUUGUGGAAAACAAAGACAUUAGUUUCCCACAAAUAGUCAAUGUUUCUAGUAUGCGGACACCUCUAGAGACCUUAUCCAGAAAAGUUUCUGGAGGAGUUGUGAGUGGGAGCCAGUGUAGGAGGAAGGAAACUGAAUCAGGAGGUGAGAGGUUGAAAUUAAAGGAAAUUCCAUUUCGCAAACUGCAGGUGAAAGACCUUAAAGAUUCAAGUAUAGAGAUAGAGCUGAGAAAAGUGGCCUCUGCCAUUGAAGAAGCAACACUGGACCCUAAUGAGCUUCUGUCUAGCAUGGAGGAGGAGGAUGACACAGAUGAGACACUCACCUCAUUGCUCAAUGAGAUUACUUUCCUCAAUCAGCAGCUAAAUGAUGACUCUUCCAGCAUGACUGAGCUCCCCAGCUCUAUAGGUGCAGAAUUCCCUAGGUUGGCAAAUGCCCGUCGGGCUGUUGCCAGCAAGCUGGCCUCUGGCAGUAGAGCCACUUUUCAGCUUGGCACGCUUGGGAGUAGUUUGAAAGAGCUGCCUGAGGUACAAGAAGUCAGUGGUUCCAUCAGUCCCCUCCUUUUGCACCUGGAGGAUGAUGACCUUGCUGAGGGUGAAAGGCAACCUCCAGAAACAGAUGUCCUUAAGAUUGUUAUUGACCCAGAGAUAAAAGAAUCAUUUCCUUCCCAUAGGAGGGCCAGUGAUACUGGGAAAAUAACCUCUGUCCUCCCAGCUGAGCCUGAAAACAUGUCCUCACCCCCCAUUCUUCAUAUGAAGACUGGCCAAGAGAGCAGCAGCACAGAUACUUUAUGGAGGCCCAUGCCAAAAUUGGCACCAUUAGGGCUUAAAUUAGCUAAUCCUCCCAGUGAUGUAGAUGGACAGAGUCUUAAAGUGAUGCCUUGCUUGGCACCUAUAGUUGCUAAAGGAGGGCCAGUUGGGCUGAAAACUACAGUAGUAGGCCAUAAUGACCACGAAGGACAGGAGAACAAAGUGAUGCCAACAUUAGCACCUGUGGUGGCUAAAUUGAGUAACUCUGGGUCCUCUUCUAGUUCUUCAGGCAAAUGAGGAAGUUUGUCAUGAAGCCAAGUUAAAAAGCCUAAAACUGUUAAGGCUGUAAAGGGAAAAAAACUGCCUCCUGCUCACUCUCUUUUCUGUAGGCAUCUUCUUAUGUUUUUGUCAUGGGACUAUGGUCCUUUAAUUUGAGGGUGGGGUAAGUGAUGGAAAGUGUUGGCCCUGGAAUCAGUGCUAUGAAAUUCUGAUCAUGCUAAAGUUUGUUACCUCACUUUUGGUGCUGGGUUCCAUUAUUUUCUGGGGGAGGAUGGUCAUCCAUCAUUGCUGGACAUAGGGAACCCCUUUUACCAAGGUAUUUUUCCAAGCAUGGGAAAGUAGCCCUGAUUUCUUCCUCCCAGAGAAAAAGCUGCUUGAGGCUGAGGAGCUGCUAUGAAUUCUGCUCCUGGUACAGAACUGUCUAUGCAGAUGCAGGGUUGUUGUGUCUGAAGUUUCUGUAGAACCCAAGGAACUGGAUGAGCUUGUGCAAAGGAGUCCAGAGGAACUUACUGGCAUUCUAGGAGUUAGGGGUUAGAGGGAAUAAAUACUGUGGAGUACCAAAAGGGAGGAAUUUUCUCAGCAGAAGCUUCACUUUACUCAUAAGCUUCACUCCAAAAUUUUUUCUGCUAUAAGCCCAAACCUUCUGGUAAAGUAGGGAAGCUUUUAAAUGUCUCAAAGCUAAUUAAUUAGCCUAAUUCAUUUAAUAGCUAUAUUCCUUCUUACUCUCCUAAUGGGCUCCUAAAUUAGCAUUUUAUUACCCCAGAAAAUACCUCCUGGAGUAUUCCUAAGGGUGUGUAUGGGAAUCCUUUCAUCCCUUCCCUGUUCUGAGUCACCCCAGUGACAACCCUGCUAAGAUAUGGUUUUGGUUCGUGGAAGGUAUGCUUUUUUCCCCAAGACAACAGCCAAAAAAAAAAAAUUGUGGGGCUGUUUGCUAGAUCAAACUAGUCUCCUCUGCAUACAAGAAUGGUGCUUGGACAAGGUUUUGCUGCACUUGCACAGGGUUGUAUAGCAAAAAAAAAUUAAAAUAAAGUCAUAGCAGACACUCAUUACCAGGGAAAUAGGGCAGUAUUUGAAUCACAAGAUGUAUUUUUUAUUCUCUGCCACCAUGGAUUCAAUGAUAUAUAGAGCCUUUUCACUCAUAAGCUAUCAGGUUGUUAAGGCCUGGCAGCCUGUAAAGAUAUUUAUAUUUUUGUACACAGUUGUUUUCAUAGCUUCCUUAAAGGCUGAAGUUUUCAACCUAAGAGAUGAGAUUUGUAAUGCGUAUAGAAAUGUUUUUUUCCUAUCUGGUUUGUAAAUAAGUAGGAAUCAUGGUGCACUUGAGGGGUUUCUUGAAAACUCCUAGAAGUGAGAAUCACUGCUCUGAAAUUGUUCUGACUCUGGGAUCUAGCUGCUGCAUUUUGCCUUUCUUACGUAAUUGUAUUUUGGAAUGUAACCCUUGUCUUCACCACCUUCAUUGGCAGGAUUUCCUUGUGUUGUAGAACACUAGCACGAGAGCUUCCAGCUUUUGAAGCUCCUGGGCAGUGCCUAGGAGAUGCUAUCUCUUUUCUUUCCCCUUUUCUCUACCCUGCAUCCCACACAGCAUAUCUUCCCAACCUGAGUUGUGAGGUUGUUUGAUAUGGUUUUGGCAGACAAGUUCUUUCUAAUUUCUAUGUUUGGCAUCUUUCCUGCCAGUCUUGAAAGAAUGGGAUGUCUUCCCUGUAGUCUUAUUAUAUACAAAGAUACUGGCAAGGUAUGAGUCCAGUAAGUAUAAAUGCUUUGUUGGUCUUCUACUGUUAAUGAUAGGACCUAGAAGUCCUGAGCUCUGACCUCCUUGCUCCCAAAUGAAGAAGGAAGUAGGUGAAGGAUACCCUUCCUCAUCCUUCUCCCCUUUCCAUGUCCAAAAGAUUUCAUUCAAUGCCUUAGCCAAGGAGACCAGCAUCUGCCUCCCUUGCUUGUCCCCUCUUAACUGUUCCUCCUGGCUUCUCCAGGCUCCUUUGGUGGCUGUUAGUGGACGGUCCACUCAGCAGUAACCGAGGGAAUCAUCCUCAGGAUAAAAGGAGCAUUUUAGACUCUGAGCAUUUUUCUUUCUCUUUCUUGGAAGAAAAUAAAUAACCUCUUCCUAUAUGGAGGCCAUGUUUGGCUCUGGUAUUGCGUAAUUACAUGAAGACUUGAAUAGGUGGCCCGAGGUUUUCAGGAAUAACUGCUGCAAAUGGUGUACUGCCCAAUUGUGUAGUGCUCUUGAGCUGCCUAAUGCUAAUAUUUGGCAAGGCCAGCUUGGGAAGGGCUCAGACUUCAGAGAGAAAUAAGAGUCCACAUGUCUUUUUCCUAUAACUUGCCAGCAAUCUGAAAUCUCUAAGGCUCCCUCUUCUCCCACUAAUUUUAGUGGCUCCUCACUGACCCCAGACUUAUUCUUAUCCCAAGGGAUUGAAUGAAAAUUACGUAUGUGAUUUGUGAAAGAUAUAGCUGUGUGGAGAGGGAUUGUGAAAUCUGAAAUCAGGACAGUGGGCUUUCACCCCCACCCUGCAAAGAGCAUGUUCUUGCUAGACCAAGAAUCCUGUUUUGUUUUGUUUUUUACACAUCUGUAAAUAGAUGGAAUGUUUUUAAGAAUAUAAUAAUGUCAAAUUUAGCUUUUCCUUUUAUAUAUUAAAAAUAUAACUCCCUCUUUUCUGCUUUUGAAAAAUGAUUAUUUUUUUAGAAAUCUAACAAUAGGAAAUGUUUGGUGACUGAGAGAGGCAUAAUGUAUAAACCUGAAAUAAAUCAAUCAUGUUGAUUAAA